AUGUAUCAAGUUGGUUAUAAGAUCAAUGGAACAUUUUUAGAACUAUAUCGUUCUUGUUAUGACAAAGUAAACUAUAUAACACGCUAUGCGGAGGCCUAUAUCUAUCCCUCGAAAAAUAUCAUCAAUGCGGAUCGUCCUAAAUGUACAUUUACCAAAGAUGGUAUCAUGAGUGGUAAUGUGGAAACAAGUAUACAUAAAAUAAAUGUAACAAAUACAUUCUCCUUAUUGUAUAAUGGUAAAUAUGAUGAGGCAAUGCAAGUCAACCGAAUAGAUCGAGGUCAUUUAAUAGCAGCCGAUGAUUUUCUCACUUAUGACCAAAAAGUGGCUACAUUCAAAAUGGUCAAUGUGAUUCCACAAUUUAAUAGCAUUCAAGCAACUGGAAAUUGGUUUAAAAUUGAGAAAUUUGUACGUAGUUUGGCAGAUCAACAAAACAAUUUACCACGCAUUUACGUUCAAACCGGAAGUUAUGGUGUCCUUACGCUAUCUGAUACCGCGGGUAAUCAAGUCGAGGCAAAUCUUUUGCAAGGAACCAAAUUCCCAGUACCCGCUUGGAUGUACAAAGUGGUUAAAAUUAUGCCGAACAGACCGAUAUUUGCCAUCAUAACGUCAAAUAAUCCGUUUGCAAGACUAAAACCACCAAGGCCUGCCAUAUGCAUGAGGUUUAAUUGUCCGGAUACCUUGGAAUUGGAAGACAUUGCAGUAAAAGGCUAUUAUUAUUGUUGUGACCCAGCAUCAUUUAAUCCAUAUCCUGUUAAAGCAACUACUACAAUUCAACCACCUACCAAAAAACCCCGUUUACGACAUUAAUUAACUAACAAGCCAAAGUUGACAAAGAUUUAAGAUGUACUCGAACUCA